AGAGAGAGGGAGAGAGAGAGGAGGGAGAGAGAGGGAGAGGGAGAGAGGGAGGAAGAGAGAGAGGAAGAGAGAAAGUGAGAAAGGGAAGAGAGAGAGGGAGAGUGAUGUAAAAGUGAAUUAUAACAGAGAGAUGAGGGGAGUGAGAUAAAGUGAGAACGAGAGAGAGAGAGAGAUAGAGGGAGAGAGAGAGAGGGAGAGAGGCAGAGAGCGAGGUUAGUGUUUGUAACUGGGAGAGGGGCAGGGGAUUUGGGGCGGGAGGUGGGGGAGUCGGCUGUGAGUACAGGAGGCUGAGUGGCGGUGAAGCUCAGUGCAGUGAGCGCUGUGCCUUGCUGGGCAUCCAGCUGCAUUGGGUUACCCCAGCCACCGGCUUCUCCCCUUCACAUCCUGCAUGCCACACUGACUCCGUGGACCGUGAGAUACCCCUACUGGACUACACCUAGUGAUGGGAGAGACAAGGGGUUAAAGAUGGAAACUUCGCCUGGCCUGCUGAAUUCCCUGGCCCCUCCGGCGUUGAUGGUGUUAGCGUCCGCGACGGAAAGUGCCAACGGUAGUACCAGCCUGUGCCAGCAAGGGCCGAGCUUUGCCGUGCCCGUCACCAUGGAGAAAGGGCAGGUCCCCUUCUUGGGCCCAUCCUACACGUUGGCACCAGUCUUUCACCAGGGGGACAGCUCAGGCGUCGAGUACCCUCCCCCCCUGCUUCACCUCCACCCACAGUUCGGAGUUCUGGGCUACAGGCACCUCCACCCGUACCCGCCCUUCCAGGAGGUGGAGUGCUUCCGCCAGGCCUACCUCGCAGGCUCCAAGUCUCUGAAGCAGCUUCCUAGCGCGGAGCCCCCUCAGCUCCGCUACCUGGCCUCCGAGAGGGACUUCAAGAAGUACAGGGGACAACUUCCCGCCAGCUCGGCCACAGCUGGGAAACGCAACCCGGCGGGUACGCCGGGAAUGACGGCCAGCUCGGAGACUCUGUGGAAAAGCUCCCAACAAGGCAGGAGCAAAGGUAAGGCAAAAUAA